CGGGAGGUGAAAGGCGAGCCUUCAGGGCCUUAGUGCGGCUGCGUGGCUGACGUCAUCUCCCGGGCCCGGAAGUGGAUCAUGAAAUCUACCGCGUCUUUGGGAAGGAAGGGGCGGGAGAGGGAGCGGGGGCGGGACCAGCCAUAACAAAACAUUGAGGCGAGAAGCCGCGGCACGUCUCCCGGUAACAAGCCCCUGCCCCGCCCCCUCUUCUCCACCGGGAAGGGAGGCAGCAGGUACAGGAGCUUCAUUAAAAUAUUCCAAAAUAGGGUCUCUUUUACAGUCUGCUGCCAUGAUAGGUGUUUCCCUUCUACAUUGGAGGAUACAUUCAGGAAACUUUCCUCAGGACUGCACGAUUUAUCCCUUCAAGAUUGAUGUAUGUUCUGUCCAUUACUUUACUCUGGCUGAGAAUUUGGAUAAACAUGGCACAGCUCCAACAAGGAGGCCCAGAUGAGAAAGAGAAGACUACAGCAUUAAAGGAUUUGUUGUCUAGAAUAGACUUGGAUGAACUGAUGAAAAAAGAUGAGCCACCUCUUGAGUUUCCUGAUACUCUUGAAGGAUUUGAAUAUGCUUUUAAUGAAAAGGGACAGUUAAGGCAUACAAAAACUGGGGAGCCUUUUGUUUUCAACUACCGUGAAGAUCUGCAUAGAUGGAACCAAAAACGCUAUGAAGCUCUUGGAGAGAUUAUCACUAAAUAUGUAUAUGAACUACUAGAAGAAGAAUGUCAUUUGGAAAAAGUAUAUAUCCCGGUGGAUGCAACAGAGAAUGAGCCUAGGAGUUUUAUCUUUAUGAGUGAGGAUGCAAUGACAAAUCCUGACAAACUGAUGAUUUUAAUUCAUGGUAGUGGUGUUGUCAGAGCAGGACAAUGGGCAAGAAGGCUUAUUAUAAACGAAGAUCUGAAGAGUGGCACUCAGAUUCCAUAUAUUAAAAGAGCUAUUGAGGAAGGCUAUGGAGUAAUAGUGCUGAAUCCGAAUGAGAACUAUAUUGAGGUUGAAAAGACAAAAGCCCAAGUACAGCUGUCUUCUGAUAGCUCAGAUGAACCUGCAGAAAAGAGAGAGAGAAAAGAUAAGAUCCAGAAAGAUACAAAGAAGCGACGGGACUUUUAUGAGAAAUAUCGGAAUCCUCAAAAAGAAAAGGAAACGGUUCAGUUGUAUAUUAGAGAAAAUGGCUCUCCUGAAGAACAUGCAAUUUAUGUAUGGGACCACUUUAUCUCUCAGUCAGCAGCUGAAAAUGUGUUUUUUGUUGCUCAUAGUUAUGGUGGACUUGCAUUUGUGGAAUUGAUGAUUCAACGAGAGGCAGAAGUAAAAAAUAAAGUUACUGCCGUGGCACUGACAGACUCUGUUCACAAUGUGUGGCAUCAAGAAGCAGGCAAAUCUAUUCGAGAGUGGAUGCGAGAGGUACAGAGCGGCACGAGCUCACCUCCUGGAAGAGCUUCCCGUCGAUCUUCAAGUUUUUCAGCGAGGCGAUGGAGGCGAGGACCAGCUCGGGCAAAGCGGCUCCGACACGGCGCUCGCAGCGCAUCCGCUACGAAGAGCUGUAGGGCGGGCGGAAGCUGGCGGCUGCCCGCCCGAAUGAAUGGCUCGGCGGUGCAGGCGCUCUGCAGUCCCAGCCCCUCAUUAGAUUGUUUUCUUCCUAGAGCACAGGGUCGCCGUGUAUACAUCUAAGUAGCGUUUUGCAUUAUUUCUAGAUGAGUGCAACUGUCAAAGCAAUAUGGGUUCACUGGUUGUACUUCCUGUGGGCUGUAGCUUGGAUUUCGGGCUGCCCAUCAGUGCGCAGAUUAAGGCUGACAGCAGCACUGCACCGCGCAGCCUGGUGCAGCUCUAAUUGCCCUGACAUAGCCCUGCACCGAGCUGAUGGCAGGCCUCUGCGGCUCUUCCCCGGUCCUAGCGCCCGCCUCUUUCCAGUGCCGCUUGCCUCCUCCCAGCCUGCCUGUUUCUCUCACCACACCCCACCACACCCAAAUCGCCCAGUAAACAGAGCUCGUUUUAUUUCUCAUGCAUUUUUAACGGCGGGGUUUUAAACCUAUCUAAACAAGUUGCCGCCCAGCCGUUAGGCUUUUUAAUAAUUGUUUGCACACGGUUUAUCUAGGGUUUUUAGUCAUUUUUUUAAAAAAUCCACAGACUCUAAUAAAUUUCGGUGGCACCAUGGUGGCGCUCCUAAAUGAUGCGCUUUGAUUUCAGUGGAACUUUUGAGUCUUACCGCCACCUAAACGUGUUUCGGAUUCGUGUGCAACCACAGAGAAGACUAUUUUACUUUGUUCCUCUCAUUUCUACUAAGGCUGGGGAGAGGCUGCCCGUCAGCUGAGAGGCUGUGCAUCAAACUAAAAUAAUAAAUAUAAUCAAUAGGUACUUUGUUUUUAUUACGGAUGAAGAUUUGAGCGAUUCAGCUCAGGGCUUCUGUAAAUCUGAACAUUUAAAAGGACUUAAUUUUACCCCCCAAUGCACCGGCUGUUUCUAUUGAACGCUCUUUGCUUUGGGAGAUUUGAGGUUUCCGGAGAGUUUCCUGAGUCAUUUUUAAAAGUGGGAAAGAUGUUUUAGCGACAAAUGUAAUAUAGAUCAAAUAAUACCAGUGUUUAAAAUAUUGCUUCUAAUAUUUGGUUGAAACGUUUAUUUUUUAUUCGAACAGAAUAUCUAUUUUGUGACAGAUCAAAAUAACUUUUUAAAAAUGCUGUACGGUACCAAGACACCGCAUCUCCGCUCUCAGCAGCCUUUUUCUUGUCCGAGGCCGAGGUGGGGAGGCGACACGAUCUGCUGAAACCAGGUCCGCAACUGUGAGGGCCAAUUCCCUGUCUCCCAUGUAGAAAGACCUUUUCUCAUUCAGAAGGCCAUCACUUUGAGGGACUGCUGAAGCCUGCUGAGUUUUACCUUAACUGUCUGGAGACACUGUGAAAUACUGAUAGCAAAAAAGAAAGAAAGAAAGCAUGUAUUACUGACGUUGCUAAUCACUUUUUAUUAUUGCCAACAUGAUUUCAUUUUCACAUUCCGUAUAUUUCUCAUCACUUUUAAUGACUCGUGGCUCUUUUAAAUUCCACAUAGGCCUGAAGUCCAUAUUUUGUCACCAAGUGUUUCAAGUAGUCAUGAUAGUGAAUAGUUCCUGCCUGAACCACAAGACGAACUCAAAUUCUGCCUCCAAAGCUCACCAAGAGGGGAAAUGAGCAGAACUGAGAAUACCAGCAAUCUCUUAACUGCUCGUGGGCCCGAUCCGGAAGGCUCUGCCCAAGCCCUUCUAAAUGCCAGGCUCUCCCCACCCAGAGUGCAACUUAUUAGCCCGGAAGUUCCACACAAUUCAACGCGGCUGAAGACAUCUAUUCUUCACCAUUGGACGGUGGCCCGUGGGAGUUCGUGCACAGUGCUCCGGGAACGCCUCUUCCUUUGAACCAGCUUUGCGCAGAAGUGGUUCCUUGCGGAUGGUGAUCUUGGCUUUUUAAAAAGCGCUUGUGUGUGGCUUGUUCUAAAGUUAGCGUGCAAGAACACUAAUCACUAUUGGAACUUUUCACGUUGUUAUACUAAAGUGAUCCUUUCUUGGGUGCCUCAUCUGUGAUGUUAUUUGGGCAGAAGAGGGAUCACAUUUCAUUCAUGAAUUUUUGAUUGAUUCCUCCCACCCUUUAAUGAAAGCUUUGUGAUUUUAGAACACUUUGGAGAAAUGGGGGGGGGGAUUUUGGCCUUAUUUGUACACGUGUUUGAAACUGCUGUUGUAGAUGAUCCGAAUGUGUUAUAUCUGGAAUUAAGCCUCCCUUUUCAGUGUAAGGCCGGGGAGGAAUCCCCCGUCCCCUUUGAUGGAAACUCCACCGCCGCCCCCUUGUAAUCUCUGUCGAUUCCAAAACAGGGCCAAGAAGUGACUUGUGUUAAUUUGUAGUGUCUCACUGUGUCCGGUGCAUCACUGUGGAGCUGCCUGAACUCUUCUGCUUUCCCCCCACGUUCAUUCCGGCGGCAUUUCUACAUUUCCCUCUCUUGCUAAUUAAGGUCCAUUUAGAUCUAAAAACCACCAUGUCGUCUAACUGGAUUUUCUUCCCCUUUCAAAAAGGAAGAUGCGAUCCGUAGUUGUACACCUUUCUCUAUGAUUCGCUUCCUAAAAAGCUUUUAUCUAGUCACGCGUUUACUUGUUCACACCGCUCGCACACAAUCAUCCUGCCACCUGUUUUCUCCUCACUAUCCUGUUGUUGUUUUAUUUAUUCCUCGUCCCUCACUCAUACUGAUUGCAACCCCGGGGUAGUGUUCCUGGUCAGUGGUGUUGGUUGCAGGGUUUGGGGGUUUUGCUUUUGAUUUUUCGCUCCUCUUCCUUAUUCAUGGACUUGCAUUUCCUUCUAUAUAUAACAUCGUUGGCUUCUUCCGUAAUCUAAAAAGGAAAACAAACCUUAGGCUGGAUUCUGUCGGACGAAAGCCUGUGGGCCUUCGCAAGGUGCCAGAUCCCGCCACAUGACCCUAUUUUUGAAAGUGUCGAAGCUGAGAUUUCUAUUACUACACUUGCGGUCCCACCAGCCUCUGGCCCUGCGUCGUGCCCACUGCCUGAUAUGUGUUCUCGCUGUUUCUGGACCGAACUGUAAAGCACAGGGUGUUGUUCAAGGUUUGUCUUUUUUCUGUUUACACUCAACCAAUAAUAAAAAAAGGACGAUUUCUCUUCUAAA